UCGGGGUGUGUCUGACGCAGUGGGCGACGUGAGGAAGGCGGUGAUGUCGCACAGCUUUCCGGCUACUCCAACCGAUGGCUCGCGCGGCAUCGGGUUCACAGAAUCUGGCCGUUUUGGCAAUCAACGAUGUACAGCGAUGGUGUGCACACGGAUGACCCCUGUGCACUUCUCAUCUUCUGCCACGUCAGCAGGGUCAUCAUUGUUCGUCCCGAGGCGCCAGCUGCGCGACGCUUCUGCCGAUGGCGAUGACGUCCACGUGUCAACUGCUCAGCCGGUCAGCGCAAUCGGUUGCGACAAGCUCGGCAGGUCGGAGAUCGGGAUGAUGGUGACGGCUAGAGAGGAGGAGACUGAGAGUUACUGUAGUCCUUCCCGCCCCGCCGAAUGCCCGGCUAAAAUGGUGGCAGCAGAUGGCUUUCGCCUCCCUCUGAUUAAUAAUCAUGCUGAUCCCCGUUGUGCCCGGAACACAGCGCACCCGCAUCAUGAAUGUAUACAAGCUAUCUCUCCGGCUAGAUACGGUCAUGAUGAGGGUGCAUUGUAUUUGGGGAAAGACGGUAGUCACGGCCUUGAGUCCCGCAUCUGUCAACGGGAAUGGGCCGUCAACAAGGAGGUGGACAUCCCUCUCGCCUCCUCCUCCAUGGCUAUGGCUGCUCCGGCUACACUGCCCCUGGCGGCUUCGCAGAUGGCCCCCCCUCCCACACCCCCCGCGGCUAUGGCGGAGGCUGUCGCGAUGACGGGGGAGAGGAUGACGGUGGUAGUCGAGGACUCCGCUGCUGACGUGGAAGCCGCAGCAACGGCCACAUUGGAUCGAACGCCAUCGCGCGCGCCGCCGCCGCCGCCGCAAUUCCUGUUCCACCUCGCACCCUAUGGGGAUCCCGGUGACCUGACGACCGGCGGCGGCGGCGGCGGCGGCGGGGGCAACGAUUCCUGCAGCGUCCACUGCUUAGCAGUGUGCGGCGAUCCUGACGGCUGCUUAACGACAGGCGGAGGCGGCGGAGAUUGCGCCUGCCACGUGCCCGCGGGUCAGCGAAGCAGCUUAUCGCGGGCCGCCUUGGCCGAUGAUUCGGUGGGAACCGCCGGCCUUCGUCUGGCGGGCUGCCGGCGGCUGGAGUCGCACCACCACCAGCAUGCUCAUCGUGCCAACGCCUCCUCACUCCCGCUCUCUGUUCCCCUUCUCUCCCAGUCCUUACAGGAUAUCAAAGAGGGUGCAAUGAGGCAAUCACUGCAUGCCAAUCGUAAAGAUGAAACUUCUGACGGCUUUCCACUUAGUACAGCACGAGACCCCUGCUUCAACACUUACAAGUCCAAUCAGGAAACAGGGGGACCUAAUCAAGAAGGAGAGGGGUUGGGAUCUGUAGCAGAACCUCUUUUGGGGUCUCCUUACCCCCUUGAUUACCCCCUCAUUGAUCUUCGACACACCGCAUGUGACCAGACACAGAGGCUGCCGCCACGUGUCGUCAUCAGAAUGCAAGCCUGUAGUGCCGAUCGGGUUAGCAGUGAACAUAUCAGCAGCAGCACUAAGCGUAGUAACCGACGCAGCAGCAGCAGUACUAGCAGUAUGGGCACGAAUGGUAGAACUAAAGCCGACGACGGUUCAAUUGCCCGCGAUAUCAUGAAGCGAGAGAUAAAUAGCGAGGGUCUUGUGUGUUUUUCUACCUCCUCCUCCUCCUCCUCCUCCCCCUCCUCCACCUCCUCUUCUUUCUCCCUACCUUUCCAUGCUUCAGGGCUGUUCAAUGGCGGCAAUGAAUCAUCGUUAUCAUUAGUGUUGCCAGCCUCUGCAGGACCAACGACCUCUUCCGCCUUUCCCCCCUCCUCCUCCUCCUCCUCCUACUCUCUCUCCCAGUCUCUCCAUGCCUCAUUACUAUCGAGUAACAGGCCCUCAGCUUCGGCCCGACCGGUAGUCGAUCUUCGCUGGGCAGGAUCAGCACCUGGUCAGAAUGGUGGACCAGGUGCUGAAACACGAUCUCCAUCACUCGUGAGCUGCCCAGCAGGAAAUAGGAGUGCCAUCGCCUCGCUUCUGAAGAGGGAGGAGGACCAGUACUUGGUCCGACAGUUGGACCAGGUGCUGAACCAGCUGCAGCAGCAGGGCCGCCAUCUGGCCCGUACAACUCCGCUCUCAUCUGGAGAUUUACAUGUUGUGAAAGUCAAACGUGAGGAGGAGGAGGAAGAGAGGAGCGAGCAAGGGAAUGGGCAAGAGGAGCAGGACAGGGAGGAGGAGGAGGAGGAGGAGGCGGAGCAGAAGAGAGAGCGGAGGAGUGGACAUCUCCUGGCCCAGGACGGCAGCCAUAGCCAAGCAACUGUCCCUGUGUUGGGCGACCUGCAGCCCAUUAUGAUCACCGACCAGAGCAGCAACGGGCAGGAGAAGACUGAGGGGCCAAAGCACCAGCAGUUGCUGGUACACCGUCAGCGUGGCCGCCAUAGCCAGAUAGCUAUGUCCAUGCCUUCUUCUUCUCACGGACUCUUUCAAUCAUUUGACAAUGACAACAGGAACGAGAUGGAAGUGAAGAAGGAAAAGGAUCCUCUGCUAGUAUAUCACCAUAGCCAUCACCAUAGCCAUCACCAUAGCUAUUGCCAUAGCUAUGGCUGUGGCGAUCCAAGAGCACCUACCAUCUUGAGGUCGGAUUUACUACAAGCUCUUCGUGCACAAUGCAUGGAACAACAGAAGCAGAAGGAGAAGGAGAAGGAACCGACUCGGAUGCAGGAGGAGGAGGAUGAGAGGGACAUGGACAAGGAGGAGGAGGAUGGGGAGGAGCAGAAGGAGAAGGAGAACCCGUUGCGUCGUGUGCACAACGGGCAGACAAUUGUACCAAAGACGGAAGCUUUGCAGCUAGCCGUCCAUACUCGAGGAGAGGAAGGCAAAGAAGGGGAGAAGGAAGCGGAGGAUGAAAAGGACAAGCAGGAGAAGGAGGAGGGAGCGGAAAGGACAGCUGUGCAGACUGUACAUAGUGCUGUUCAUAAACGUCUAUGUGGUGUCAUAUUGCCUGUUGGGAGGGAGAUGACGGAAAGCGGACCAGGUGCAAUGAAUCCGAGACCACUUAAGCAGCUGCCAGUACUCUAUGAGCAAAGGGCGUUCCCAAAGCUGGAACCGGAGCUGGAACUGGAACUGGAACUAGAGCCACGACUGAUUUCUGUGAAUGGGCAGAAAGAAGAAAAGGUGGUACACAAAGCUGGAACCGGAGCUGGAACCGGAGCUGGAACCGGAGCUGGAACCCGAGGUAGAGCCGGAACCGCAACUGGAGCUGGAGCUCGUGUAAUGAGAGCUGGAACUGAAACUGGAGCUGGAACCAGAGCUAGAAUCGGACCUGAGACCGGAGCUGGGACUGGAACUGGGACUGGAACUGGGACUGGAAGAGUUAAAACCGGAACUGGAACUGGGACUGGAGCUGUGACUGGAGCUGGGACUGGAGCUGGGACUGGAGCUGGGACUGGAGCUGGGACUGGAGCUGGGACUGGAAGAGCUAGAACUGGAACUGGAGCUGGAGCUGGGACUGGAGCUGGGACUGGAAGAGCUAGAACUGGAACUGGAACUGGAGCUGGGACUGGAACUGGAAGAGUUAGAACCGGACCUGAGACCAGAGCUCGAACCGGAGCUGGAACCGGAGCUGGAACCGGACCUGAGGCCGGAGCUGGAACCAGAGAUGGAACAGCGACUGCAGCAGGAGCUCGAACCGGAACUGCAAUUGGAGCUGGAACAAGGGCUGGGAUCGGGACGGGAAGCGGGGCUGGCCCAAGAAGAAGUGCGCGUGGAACAAGUUCUGGAACCGGUGCUGCAUCUGAGGUUGGACCAGGAACUGAAAAUGGACCUGGAACGGGGAUCGGAACCGGAACCCAAGCCAGAACCGAACCAGCAGUCGCGACUCGUCUAACUCGGAGAGUACCCAGCACUCGGCUGCUUCGGAGCAACCAGCAGCAGCAGCAGCAGCCGGACGAAACAAUCAAGACGGGAGGAGGUGGUCCCGCAUCGGAGGUCCCAGUUGUGAAACCAGCUGGUACAUGCUAUGGUCCCAGGGCAAGGAGCUCGGACUACAAAGGAGUGACAUUCUGCAAGCGAAAGGGUAGGUGGGAGUCGUAUAUUUGGGUUGAUGCAAAGCAAGUGUAUCUAGGUGGAUUCACCACAGCCGAUGCAGCUGCCAGAGUUUACGACAGGGCGGUGCUGAAAUUUCGAGGCCCUACAGCGAAGGUCAAUUUCACAGCUUCAGACUAUGAUGCUGAUAUGCAAAAGGUUGCACAUCUGACCAAGGAAGAGUUCGUUCGUAGCUUGCGAAGACAAAGGAGAUGUUUCUCAUGCGGCAGGUCUCAGUAUAGAGGAGUCAAGCUUCAUAAGUGCAGCCACGGGGAGGCGAGGAUGAGACGAGUCCUCAUAAAAAAGUACAUAUACGGUGGGCUCUUUGAGGACGAAGAGGAUGCGGCCAGAGCCUACGACAGAGCUCUGGUGAGAUCGAGCGGGAAGGCCGCCAUGACCAAUUUUGACUUUACCCAGUAUCAAGGAGACGUCGACUUCCACAAAGCUGCGGCAAUGGCGGCCAGAGAUGCUGGUGGCAAGUCCUCGGAUAACGGGGCGCGCUCUGGAGCAGGAGCGGCAUCAGGAAGUGGAAAGCGGGGAGCUUUGAUCCACAACAAUUCUCCUAACAAAAAAAUAAAAAGUGAUACUGCCUCAAAGACGGAAGCAAGCAUCCCUCCUCCUCCUCCUACUCGUACUCCUCCUCUCUGUCAUCCUCCUCCUCCUGGCCAUGACAGAAGGCUGUCGGGGUCAGUUAUGGUCGCGGCACAGGAUCGGGACAUCUCAAUCUCUUCCUCCGUGGGAGGAGAACAUUGUCGGACUCUGACAAUAGAGAGGAGGAAACCGACAAGAUCAGUUUGGACAAAAACUGAAACCGAUCGUCCGAUGGUGGAUAAGAUCGAUUCCGUGAGGACGACUGAAGAAAUUGGACAUGGAACAAGUUUUGCAACCGGCGACGGAACCAUAGGUGCAGUCAGCGCUGCAACUGAGGCUGGGCCAGGAACUGACAAUGGACCUGGAAUGAGCAUUGGAACCGGAAUCGUUGCCAGAACUGAACCAGCGGUUGGAACUCGUGUAACUCGGAGAGUACCCAGCACUCGGCUGCCUCAGAGCAACCAGCAGCAGCAGCCGGAAGAAACAAUCAAGACGGAAGGAGGUGAUCCCGCAUCUGAGCCCGCGGUCUCAGCUGUUAAAUCAGAUGGUACACGGUAUGGUCCCAAGUCAAGGAGCUCGAACUACAGAGGAGUGGCAAUCUGCAGGCGAACUGGUGGAUGGACGUCGUGUAUUUCGGAUGGUGGAAAGCAAGUGUAUCUAGGUGGAUUCACCACAGCCGAUGCAGCUGCCAGAGCUUACGACAGGGCGGUGCUGAAAUUUCGAGGCCCCGCAGCGGAGCUCAAUUUCACGGCCUCGGACUAUGAUGCUGAUCUACAAAAGGUUGCGCAUCUGACCAAGGAAGAGUACAUUGAUAGCUUGCGAAGACAAAGGAGAUGUUUCUCACGUGGCAGAUCUCGGUACAGAGGAGUCACGCUUCAUACAGGCGGCCGCUGGGAGGCGAGGAUGAGGCGGAAAAAAUUAAUCUACCUUGGGCUCUUCACUGAGGAAGAGGAUGCGGCCAGAGCCUACGACAGAGCUGUGGUGAGAUCAAACGGGAAGGACUCCGUGACCAAUUUUGACCUUAGCCAGUAUCAAGAAGAACUCGACUUCCACAAAGCUGCGACUAUGGCGGCCAGAGUUGCUGGUGGCAAUUCCUUGGAUAACGUGGCGCGCUCUGGAGAAGGAGCAGCAUCAGGGCGUGGAAAGCGCCAAGCUUUGAUUCACACCAAUUCUCCUAAUAAAAAAGAAAAAUUAGAUACUACGUCAAAGACGGAAGCAAGCAUUCAUCCUCCUCCUCCUCCUCCUCCUACUCCUCGUACUCCUUCCUGUAAUCCUACUCCUCGUACUCCUUCCUGUAAUCCUACUCCUCUCUCUCGUCCUCCUCUUCCUCCUCCUCCUCCUGGCCAUGACAGGACGAUUGCGGCACAGUUCCGGGAUCGGGACAUCUCAAUCUCUUCCUCCGUGGAAGGAGAGAAAGCAACAAGAUCAGUUUGGAUGACGAGAAAAACUGAUUAUCAGAUGAUGGAUAAGAUGGAUUUGGUGAGGGUGAGUGAAGAAAACGACCAAAAUGUCCCUCAAUUGGACGAAGCUUUGGACUCAUUUGCCCCUGGAGGAGAAUCUGGAAGUGAUCUAUUACUAGCAUCCGCCGCUGGCGAAGGUCGGAGGAGGUUGCCCUCACCGGAAAAAGUCCCGUUGGAGAGGUGGGAGGAGAUUAUGAGGCAGCCCCUAUUCGGCAACAGGUGGAUUACAAAUAGUCAGGGGCAGGUAAUGUGCAGCUCAGCCUCCCCCUGGAAAGCCUGGGUAAAGCGGGGGGUCGUGAGGAUAGCGGACUUAUGGGACACGGACAGGAGGGAUUGGAAAACUGCUGGCCAGCUUCGCAGUACCCUGGCAUAUUGCCACCAUGCAGAGAGGGGGCUGGAGGAGAUUAUUGACGCAACCCCGCUCAGUUGGUAUAGUGUGCUGAAAAAGGGCCCGGCGGUUAACGAAGGGGACUGGAUUAAGAUAAGGGGCGAGGACAAUACCAUCAUGGAAAUGUCAUGGUACGGACGGCGAAGUUUCCCCGCCACCGAGGAAAGAGCGAAAGGAAGCACCUUUGACAAUGCUGUGGGACGGUUGGAUCUGGGAGACGGGAUGCCCCCCUGCCCCCCUCGGUCCGUGCCCCGGAGUGCUCCCUAAUUGGUGUGUUAUCUAAGUGAAGUCUCAGUCAGAGUCUACCUGCUAGGAAUUACAGCUUAGAUCAGGCGGCCUACACUGGCUGAAGAAGCAGGACUUGCUCAUCUUCUGCAGUUGCUCAAUGUUUGGGACAAUGUAUUUUUUUAUCAGGGACGCUGGACCCAUUUUCCAGCAGAUGCUGUGCUCAUAACAAUAGACAGGAGCCAUGCCCGGACUGCUAGAGGCGCCUGCUCUUAUCAGCACCUCUAGCACACCCAGCGGAUGUUAAUGGGGGGCCAGGGGGGGGGAAGUCGCGGGUUCGAGGGCUGUUAGAAACGAACCGGAACCGAUGGUCACAGCAAUCAUCCUGGGGGGCAUGGAUUUUGAACGCCGACUUCUGCGGCUGCGGGAGGCGAAACAUAGGCUGAUCAGACGAACGAGGAGUGGAAACUGAUGCAGAUCCAGACAGCCCAAGACGUAGACCACUUGCAGUUGCAUCGUAAUCACAUGUGUUGAGGGGAAACAGAUAGAGAGCCCGGCAGACAGGACAUGGCACAGAUCCCGUGGACCAAUCACCACUUGGAUAAGCUUAGUAAUGAUUAUUAUCAGAGUCUGGAUAAGUUUGAGCUGUUGGCACAAUCCUGCCGCGUGGAGGGACUCCACGUGGCAGCCAUGUUGAUGAACCGACACUGGUCUGUCACGACAGGCCGUCUCAAUCUCCUCGCUUGCACCUCCUCCUCCUCCUCCUCCUCCUCCUCCUACUCCUUUUCCCUCUCCCUCCCCUUUCCCAUCUCUUCAUGCUCCUUCCUUCCUUCUUCUUCCCUCCACAAUCAACGACUCUUAUCUAGAACGGCUAUCAUCAUGAUGACGAAAAAAUAAAACAAUAUGAUGACGAUGACCAGAAGGCUGCGCAUCAUGCCACGUGCCACAUUAUCCUUGGUCCAACUUAUGUUGGCACGUGGACGUGAAGGCUUCAAGGCUCGUCCCUGCCGACGUUCAUCCUCAUCAUAAUCAUCAUCAGAAUUACUGUAAUUAAUAAUUAUCAUCAUCAUAAUCAUCACAAUUAUCAUAAUCAUCGUCGUCAUCAUCAUCAUCCUCGUCAUCCUCGUCAUCCUCAUCAUCAUCCUCAUCAUCAUCCUCAUCAUCAUCAUCAUCAUCAUCAUGAUUAUUAUGUGCAGUGGCAGCAGUAGCAGCAGAUGGAUCAAGCUGUAAGUCAUGAAUUGGAUCCGGUUUCUGGUUUCGGUCGAACGUCUGGUCCAGGUUCAGGUUGUAAAGGGGGCCCAAUAUCAACAAACAUGAUCGUAAGGGACUUGAUCUCUGGUUCGGGUUCAGGUGCUGCACUUGGUCCAAGCCUGCCUCCUGGUUCAGUUCUUGGCUCUGCUGCUGUUGCUCGUGGUCCGGACUGUGACUAGGGACGUAUGUCCGGUUCGGGCACUGGUUCGGUUCAGGUGCUGUGCUUGGUUCAGUCGCGCAUCCUUUUUCAAUUCCGGGUUCUGCUGCUGUCCCUGGUCCAGAUUGUGACUUGGGAUUCGUAUCUGUUUCUGGUGCAAGGGUCGGGUUCAGGUGCUGCACCUGGUUCAUGUGCACGUCCUGGUUCAGUCGGUGGCUCUGCUGCUGCUGUGUUCCUGGUUCGAACUGUAACUGUAACUUUGGUUCAGGUGCACGUGCUGGUUCAAAUUUUGCAGUUAUGAUAUUUUGUCCUCCUUGGUCUUUUUUUGGACUGUUUUUUUGUCCUUUGAUUUUCAUAUUCUGAGGACCACUUAGGUGCAAGGAAUAUGAGCGAGAGCGAAUCGCAGAAACCGAAUGGCAACAUCACAUUGAAAACCAGAUAGGCGCGUGCCAGACAGAAAGCAGUAUGCUCCAAGAUACACGCCAGAGUAAGAGCAAAGCAAUGAACUCAAAUGUCAAUG